AGUGCCCGAUUGGUCUUCAACAGCUGCAAAGUCCGAGUCCAUACCAAAAAAAAGUCAUGAUGGCCAAAUCAGUAGACUACUCUCUGUACCUGGUCACUGACUCCACCCCCGCCAUCCUUGGGGGUGCUAGUCUCGUCGAUGUCGUGGAAGCUGCUCUGGAGGGCGGCGUGACUAUCGUCCAAUAUCGGGACAAGUCCACUGAGACUGGUGUUAUGGUCGACACUGCCAGGCGACUCCAUGCUGUAACGAAGAAAUACAACGUCCCUCUUCUCAUUAACGACCGUGUUGAUGUGGCACUCGCAGUGGGCUGCGAAGGCGUCCACAUCGGCCAAGACGACAUAGAUAUCAAAACUGCCAGGCGCCUCCUUGGAGAAUCGGCCAUCAUUGGCCUCACAGUAGCAUCGGUUGAGCAAGCACUGCAGGGCUGCGAUGAUGGGGCUGACUAUCUCGGUAUUGGCACGAUAUUUGCUACCCCAACGAAGACAAACACUAAGGACAUAAUUGGGACUGCUGGCUGUCAAGCAAUCCUGAAGGCAAUGGCCCCAAAGUAUAGCAACGUGGGGACGGUGUGCAUUGGCGGCAUCAAUGCCACCAACCUCCAACGCGUCUUAUAUCAGUCAAGUGACAAUAGCAAGAGGCUCGAUGGCAUUGCCCUUGUCAGUGCAAUAAUAGGCGCGAAGGACCCCAAAGAGGCAGCAAAGAAUCUAAAGCACCUUGUCAACACCCCACCUGCAUUUGCAGCUGUCUCUCCAUCAGGCUAUUCUGGUGUUGAGGACGUUGCCGGAAUGCUGGAGGCAGUCCCUUCUGUUAUAACAUCCGUCAACGAGACCAACCCUCUAUGUCACAACAUGACAAAUCUUGUGGUGCAGAAUUUCGCUGCCAGUGUUGCGUUGGCAAUUGGGGGAUCCCCAAUUAUGUCAAACCACGGCGAUGAGGCGGCAGACCUCGCCAAAUUAGGAGGCGCUUUGGUUAUAAACAUGGGCACGGUAACACAGGAAGGCCUGAGGAACCACUUGCUUGCCUUACGGGCAUAUAACUCGCAAGGAGGCCCUGUUGUUCUGGACCCGGUGGGAGCGGCAGCAACAACUGUCCGGAAAUCUGCCUUGAAAACUCUCAUGGCCGGUGGUUAUUUUGAUCUAAUCAAGGGUAAUGAAGGUGAAAUACGACAGGCAUAUGGAAAAGGCGACGUCCAGCAGCGAGGUGUGGACAGUGGAGCAAGCAUGCUCGACGGCCAGAGCAGGGCAGCUCUAGUCCGAGACCUCGCUGAGCGAGAGCGGAAUAUCGUUCUGAUGACUGGCUCUACAGACUAUGUGAGCGAUGGGCGGAGAACGAUUGCGAUUAAGAACGGGCACGAGUAUCUUGGUCGGAUAACUGGUAGUGGAUGUGUCCUUGGAACUACCAUAUCUGCAAUGCUCGCUGUCCACCGGCAUGAUAAGCUUAUCGCAGCCGUAGCUGGGCUGCUGCUUUUUGAGAUUGCCGCCGAGUAUGCUGCGCAACGCCCGGAUGUCAAGGGCCCUGGGACAUUCGUGCCAGCAUUGAUUGACGAGCUGGAUAGAAUUCGGCAGAGCAAUGCCGAUGGAGACUUCAGCUGGUUGAGCCGUGCAGACAUCAGCCUGGUUAGUUUUGAGUAAAUACAAAAUACUAGAAAAUAUUAAGCAAAGCAACUAUAUAUUUAUAGCAAAAAACAAA